AUGGGAAAUAACACUGAAAUUACUCCAACUGCAACUGCAGUAGCCACUGAAGCAGUCAACUCUUCACACCCAUACUUCAUUUCUCCUUUAGAUACUCCAGGAAUGCAGCUGGUAAAUUCACCUUUUGAUGGCGAGAGCUUUGCUGGAUGGAAACGUGGCAUAUUGAUAGCUUUUGCAGCUAAAAACAAGCUGAUUUUAUUGAUGGGAAUUUCUGAGAGUGUGAUAUACUUCACCACUGCUAAAGAUAUGUGGAGUGACUUGGAGGCCAGAUUUGGCCAGAGCAGUGGAGCAAAGUUGUUCCAACUCCAAAAGGAGCUAAGUGAUUUGACACAGGGUUCAAGUGACAUAGCUACUUACUACACAAGGAUAAAAAGGCUCUGGGAUGAACUUGAUAGCCUAGAUUCAUCCAUCACUUGCAGCUGUGUGUGUACCUGUGAAGCAAAAGGGAAAAUGGUAAAGGCCAAGCAAGAUGAGAAGCUAGUUAAGUUCCUCAUGGGACUUAAUGACAUUUAUUGUGGUGCUAGAGGUAAUAUUUUGAUGAUCUCUCCUCUUCCCUCUGUUGCUAAUGCCUAUGCACUUCUAAUGCAAGAGGAAAAACAAAGGGAGAUGCAUGUUACACCAAAGUUUUCAGGUGAAUCAUCAUCAUUCAUUGUUGUUGGACAAGGUUCUCAGAGACUUUAUUUCAAUGAGGGGAAGGUUACUAAAGGAAAUUUUGUCAACAAAAAGUCAACACUUGUAUGCAGAUACUGCAAAAAGACUAGACACACCAUUGAAAAAUGCUACAAGAUCAAGGGUUUCCCAUCUAACUUCAAAUUUACCAAAGGAAGAAAUAAUCCUAGUCCUGUCAAUGGAAAUGCAGCAAUGAAGAAUGAGGGAAAUACUGAGCAGUUCUUCUAUAAAAAAUGA